CCUCCUGUCAAAGGCAAAAGGAAACAGUCAGAGGAUGGUGACCCCCUAGACCCACCUGUGUCUCCUCAACCCGACGCUGAGCAGAACAGGAACCAGAGCCCCGUCCAGCUGGAGUUAACCUGUGGAAGAUCUACAAGGCCGUGGAGAAGCUGGGGGCCUACGAGCUGGUGACUGGCCGCCGCCUCUGGAAGAACGUGUAUGACGAGCUGGGGGGCAGCCCGGGCAGCACCAGCGCAGCCACGUGCACGCGCCGUCACUACGAGAGGUUGGUCCUCCCAUACGUGCGGCACCUGAAGGGAGAGGAUGACAAGCCCCUGCCCCCCUCCAAGCCCAGGAAGCAGUACAAGAUGGCCAAGGAGCAUCGGGGGGAUGACGGGGCCACUGAGAGGCCAAAGAAAGCCAAGGAGGAGAAGCGGGUGGACCAGAUGAUGCCAGGAAAGACCAAAACAGAUGCCCCUGACCUGGCAAGGCUUCCUAGCCAGGAGCCCUCCAGGGACGGCAUGGAACAGCGAGGCCCAGCCCCUGGGCCCUCUCUGCCCUUCGUGGGUGCCAGCGGCUGCCCUGAGGCCUACAGGCGGCUUCUGUCCAGCUUCUACUGCAAAGGGACACAUGGUAUCAUGUCACCACUGGCCAAAAAGAAGCUUCUGGCCCAGGUGAGCAAGGCGGAGGCCUUGCAGUGCCAGGAGGAGGGCUGUCGCCACGGGGCAGGUGGGGAGCCCCAGGCACCCCCAGCUAUUCGGCCCCUGGAGAAUCCCCGGAGCCCAGGAGGGCAGGCUGAGAACUCCAGGCACCGGCUGACGCCUCCGGAGGGAACACAGGGCCCUGGUGGCAGCCUCAAGGAGGAGGCUCAGGUGGGCCCUCACCCGUCGGCCCCCAUCUUCACUGGCUGCUUCCACGCCUACCCCACCGAGGUGCUGAAGCCUAUCAGCCAGCACCCUCGGGACUUCUUCCCCAGUCUUAAAGAUGGGGUGUUAUCAGGGCCUCCUGGCAAAGAAGAGGGGCUGCCAGCCAAAGAGCCCCAGCGGGUGUGGGGCGGGGAUGCCGACCACCCCUCUGCAUUCCACAAGGGCGGCUCCAGAAGGGGUGGCCUCUACCCCAAACCCAAAGCCUGCUGGGUGUCCCCCAUGGCGAAGCUCCCUGCCGAGAGCCCCGUGCCCCUGACCACCUUCCCAAGCAGCCCAGGCCUGGGCAACAAGCGCAGCCUGGAGGAAGAGGGCUUGGUCCAUGGCGGCAAAAAACUGCGGGCAGUGUCUCCCUUUCUUAAGGAGGUGGAUGCCAAGGAGUGCGGGACCAAGUCUGUGGGGCCCGACUUGGCCGUCUCCUGCCUGCUGGGCCCGGCCCUGGGGCCCACCCUCCCAGAGGCCUGCAGGGGCACCAUGCUGCGCUGCCCACUGAACUUCGCCAGCACCCUGGACCCCUUAAAGGGCCAGGCCACACUCCCCUUCAGCCCCCUGGUCAUCCCGGCCUUCCCAGCCCACCUCCUGGCCACUGCAGCACCCUCACCCAUGGCCGCUGGCCUGAUGCACUUCCCCCCCACAUCCUUCGACAGUGCCCUGCGUCACAGACUUUGCCCAGCCUCAUCUGCGUGGCACGUGCCACCUGCCACAACCUAUGCAGUGCCCCACUUCUCCUUCCACCUCAACACCAAGCUGUAGGACUGAGCCCGCAACACUGUGCAUAGGGUCUGACUCAGCCUGGGAUGGGUAGGCACUGCCAAAGGGCUCUGGGGUGGAGCCCACUCCUCAGGAGAACUCGGCUGUGCCUGACGCAGGGAUGCGCCCUCGGCUUGGGAGCCUGGCCCAAAGAGAGGCAGUGAGAAAAGUGGGUUUAUGUCUCGAGGAGGCAGCACGAGCCCAGGGGCUGGGGACCCAGUGGUUGCAAGGCCUUGGGAGAAGACGUUAAGGCUGACAGCUCCCAGCCGGGGCCCCAGAACAGAGGCCAGGAGUGGGGUGAGGGGUCGAGGGGACGGUUAGCAGCGUGAGGCAUCCAGGCUGCCUACGGAAAAGCCAAUAAAACACCUGUGAAUCCACGCAGCCCUGAGGUAUGUGUGGCGUGGACCUUUGCAAGGGCAAGGUGGGGGCAUCCUUGUGGGUGGCGCCUCCCACAGGCUGACACAGGGGAGCCAAGGAGAGGGUCCUGCCCAGCACCUGCUUGGGCCUGGGAUGCCAUCACCCCAAUGAAGAGUGGACCCAGAGCCAAAGCCAGCCUCCUGCUCAUACCUUGGCAGGUUGUGCCCUUCGUCCUGUGCCUUCAAUCCGCUUGGCUAGUUGCUCCUCAGGACAGCUGCCUUUUGUCUACCUCAUGGUACAGAUGGGGGCCUGAGGCGCAGAGAGGGCUGGGGACUUACCCAGGUUCCCCGGCAGGUAAGUGGGGGAGCAGAGCUGUGCACUCAGGCGUGACUCCAAUGCUCUGAGCUAAGUAAGCCACAGGGCCUGGCUGGUGGGAUGCCCUGCAGCACCCCUGGGGGCUGAGGGUGUGAGCAGGAAGCGCUGGUCUGCCCUGGUGGUGGAUGCAGACUUGCCAGGCUGCUGCUGAAUCUUCCUGGUGAGCCCCCCGCUUCACCCCCAGCUGCCUGCGACACAAGGGUGUGGGGCAUGGGAGGUUCCUACUGGGGGCACCUGGAGGGAAAGAGAGGGGUGAAGGGGCUGCAAUCUUGGCCUGGGGCAUCUGCCAUAUUUCAGAUGUGGUUGCUCCAGGGGCUCAAACCGCCUCCUUCCUACAGGCUCUGCCUGGGGAGCAGUGUGCCCCUGCCUGUCUCAGUGGGAGGGGUGCCCCUGUCAGAGGCACUGCUUCCCUCCCUCCCUCAGGCUGCCUGUUCUCGGGAGCCGGGCACAGCUGCCUGCUGAACUUCAUACAGGUUCCUGGAAGGGCAGUGCCACUAUUGGCCUCAGGGUCCUGACUUAUGGCGUCAGAUUCAUCAGCUGGCGAUGGGUAUCUGGCAGGUGGUCACCGCUGUUGUGAACACUCAGGCUUUGCAGGGACAUGUCUGGAUUCCCUUCCUCCUCUGGGGAGAAGCCAGGCGCCAGCCCAAGUAGCCCGAGUUCCCGGCUCCCGCAGCACCCACGUGCUCCCAUCCCUCUGAGCCUCUGGAGCCUCCGUGGUUGACGAGGAGCAGGGAGAGGACAGAAUUCUCUGGCCACCCUCCCUGCAAGUGCCCUGGGUGCUGGGCUACAGACCCCCUGAGUAGGGGCAUCUGCUGUGUGUGGGGCCCUGCCUGAUACGGGGCACGGUUGCUGGGGUCCCCUUCAUCUGCAAAGCCACAGCGGCCUCACCCUGUCACAGAGGUGGGCUGGUGGCCUGGCAGCAAAACUUGAGCUCGGGUGGCUCAGGGCCGUGAUGGUGGCGCCCUCUGGAGGCUGCUCUGGGAAACACUCCUUUCCAUGUGAGUAUCCUCAUGCUGAGCUGGUCCCUGGGC